AUGGGAGCUUGUUGUUCUACUUUCCACACCAGCGAACAUGAAGAAGACGGUCCCCUUUAUCAUACCCACAACUCCAUCCAUGCCCUAUGGGACAAGUUCACCGGAGUAAUCAGCGAUAUGCAAUCUGAUGCCCCGGCUUCGAAUUCUCAAGCCUCAGCCCUCAAUGCUGCAUCCAAUGAUAUACAGUCCGGCGAUAUUGUCACAUUGGCUCCAAGUGUCUUGCGUUUCAAUGAAGAUACCGACAAGGAUCAUCGACCGAUUAAAACACGGGAGAAUGAUAGUAACGGAGACGAGUCAAGUGGACUUCGAUGCAAAGGAAGAUCGGUGGUAGAGUGCCUAUCGGAAUUCUCGAACGAGAAACCUGAAGCUGAAGUUGCUUGUGCCUAUGGAUCAUCAGAGGAUGAGGAUGUCUGUCCCACAUGUCUUGAAGAGUACGAACCUGAAAAUCCACAAAUAGUUCUUCAAUGUUCCCACAGCUACCACCUCGGUUGCAUAUACGAGUGGAUGGAGAGGUCAGAAAACUGUCCAAUUUGUGGAAAGAAGAUGAUGUUUGAUGAAGCAGCUUGAAAUCAGAUGACCGGAGACACGCACACACCGAAGAUUAACAUGAUUUUUUUUUAAUUAGUUUUAAGGGCACAUUUGAAUGAGUUUUUGAUAAGCAUGUAUUACAGGUUAGUACAUUUCCAUUCAUACAAUGGCAUUAAACAAUGUA